CCUCCUUCCCUUCGCCACUGCAUACCACACUACAUUGAGCUUACUGUCAAGAUAGAGAAAAUUGCCUUAAUAAAUUUAGCCCAAAAGCCACCACAAAGACUUCUUGAAGACAAAUUCAUCUCGCUCUUGCAGUCAUGUAAGACUCCAAAACGACUCCGCCAAAUCCAAACCCGGAUAAUCACCCACGGAUUCAAAGACAACGACUACAUUACCUCAAGAUUUAUCACAGUAUGUGCGGAGCUGAAGAAAAUUGCUUAUGCCCGCCAAUUGUUCGAUCAAAUUCCAGACCCGGGCAUUGCGUCAUGGAAUGCAAUGUUCAGAGGGUAUGCUCUAAAUGAGUCUUAUAGGGAAGUUUUGGUUUUGUUUAGUCAAAUGAAGAGCUCAGACGUAAUGCCCAAUUGCUCUACCUUCCCUAUUAUUUUGAAAUCUUGUGGGAAAGUUAAUGCAUGUGUAGAAGGCCAAGAAGUGCAUGGUGUAGCAAUAAAGGGUGGUUUUAGAGCAAACCCAUUUGUGGGAACUACGUUGAUUGAUAUGUAUGCUGGUGGGGGAGCGAUUGGAGCAGCUUACAAGGUGUUUGGUGAGAUGGUUGAGAGGAAUGUUGUUGCAUGGACUUCAAUGAUUAGUGGGUAUAUUUUGUGUCGCAAGAUGGUUUCUGCACGGUGCCUUUUUGAUUUGGCUCCUGAGCGAGAUGUUGUGCUGUGGAACACCAUGGUUUCAGGUUAUAUUGAAUUGGGUGAUAUGUUAGCAGCACGCAAGCUUUUUGAUGAGAUGCCCAACCGGGAUGUGAUGUCUUGGAAUACUAUGUUGAAUGGUUAUGCUAAUAAUAGGGAUGUUGAGGCUUGUGAGAAGCUGUUUGAAGAGAUGCCUGAGAGGAACAUUUUUUCUUGGAAUGGAUUAAUUGGAGGGUACGCACGUAAUGAGCAUUUCUUUGAAGUUAUGGAGACUUUCAAAAGGAUGCUAGCUGAGGGUAAUGUACGUCCUAAUGACGCCACACUCGUGAUCGUGUUGUCUGCAUGUGCAAGAUUGGGAGCUAUUGAUUUGGGAAAGUGGGUUCAUUUAUAUGCUGAAAGUAAUGGACAUAAGGGAAAUCUUUACGUUGGGAAUGCUUUGAUUGACAUGUAUGCAAAAUGUGGAAUUGUAGAAAAUGCAGUUGAUGUGUUCAAGAGCAUGGGUACGAAGGAUUUGAUUACAUGGAACACCAUAAUCAAUGGUUUAGCAACUCAUGGACGUGGGAGUGAUGCCCUAACUUUGUUUUGUCAGAUGAAGAAUGCUGGAGAAAUACCAGAUGGAAUCACCUUCAUAGGAAUUUUAUGCGCUUGUACGCACAUGGGAUUAGUUGAAGAUGGCUUUUCCUAUUUCCAAUCAAUGGUUGAUGAUUACUCAAUUGUGCCUCAAAUUGAACAUUAUGGUUGUAUGGUUGAUCUGCUUGCACGAGCUGGUCUUUUAGACCAUGCUGCGGAGUUUGUGAGGAAGAUGCCCAUGGAACCGGAUGCCAUUAUAUGGGCUGCCUUACUUGGGGCAUGUAGGAUUUACAAAAACAUUGAGUUGGCUGAACUGGCUCUUGAACGGCUUAUUGAACUUGAACCGAAGAACCCAGCAAAUUUCGUCAUGCUUUCAAAUAUAUAUGGGGAUCUUGGGAGAUGGAAAGAUGUUGCACGUUUAAAAGUUGCAAUGAGGGAUACUGGGUUCAGAAAAUUGCCCGGAUGUAGCUUGAUUGAGGUCAAUGAUUCUGUUGUUGAGUUUUAUUGCUUAGAUGAGAGGCAUCCUGAGAGAGAGGAAAUAUAUAGCGCUUUGAGAGGGUUGACAAAGCUGUUAAGGUCGUCUGGAUAUGAAUCAGACCUGUUGGAGCUUGGGCAGGGAACUUAAAAGAUAAAGGAGUGAUAUGACAAGCAUUACCAACUUAUCUCAUAUCAUCCCGUAACUUGUAUUGGAUCAACCAUCUAGGUUUCUUCUGUGCGGCUCCCAGCGGGUAGGUGCUAGUCACGUCCAAGUAGAAUAGUUACAAUUGGUCUUUCCAACCUAUCCUUUUAAAAAAUAAAAAAUAAAUAAAAAGAAAAAGAAAAAAAGAAGAAAAAAAGGAGGUAUUGGACCAGAUGUUC